UUCCAUGAUUCGUCGAGCACCCGGUUUUACCAUCUAAGCCGGUUGUUUCUCCCAAAUCUUGUAGCUCUCACUCACUGUACCUUCUCUAUAUAAAGCAAUGAUCUCUCACUCUCCAAAAAGAAAGAAGAAACUCAUCUCUUGAGAAUCUGAAAAGCCAGAGAAGAACUCAAAAAAACUUGAGGAUCAGAAAUUUAUAAUCUCGAAAUCUGCGGCAGAUGAACAGAGUGAUUAAUCAGUUGUCGGGAAAGUUAAUGAAGGACAAGUGUGUUACCGGAAGUGGCGGCGGUGCAGUAAAAGAAUCGGCGUCGCCGCAGAGUCCAGUCGCGACAUCUUCGUCAGUGAGGAGGCUGAACGGCGAUCUGGAGUCGAGGCGAUUUGGAGGGGCGGCUAGCGAGAGACUGAGGCAGGCGGAGGAGUCUCUGAGGACGGUUAUGUUUCUGAGCUGUUGGGGAGCUUGCUAGAUCUGGUGGUGUAAUAUCAAAACACGUUCCUCUUUCCGCUUUGAUUUUGAGUUUUUAUUUUAUUUUCUGUGUUUAUUUUAAAGAUGUUUGCUGUGAAUAUUUUUAAUCUUUGUAUAGCUGUUUGAGUUUCUGUAAAUCAAUGUACAAAAACGAAAAUGGUUUUGUCUCUCACCAAAUCACUUUUCUUAAGUUCUAAAUUAUGAUGUGAAUAUACAUGGUAUAAAAAUACAUUAUUCGAUA